GGCUAGCGUUACUCUGCAUACUUCAGGUCAGGCCACCGCACAGACACGUCUAGACGACGGAACCCACGCCUCCCUUCUUCUCAUGCCAUAGCGGCAUCCACAAACCUCCUUGUUCGUUAGACCACACCCGAAAAUGGCAAUGAGCCUCGCCGUUGUGUUCGAGGUAUGUAGGUCUCGCAGAUCUCUCUCUUGUCCCCUUCUCCCUCGUUCGCCUAAUCUCCCAUUGGACUGCUACUUGAGGGGUCUGUACUAUCCGCCAUCGACGUUAGGCGGGUGGUUCAUACUCUUUUUUCUACACUUCUAAUUGUCCGCAUCGCUACUCUUUCGUUUGGAAGCGCGUUGCAGUCACUCGUUUGUACAGUCCUUCGUUUUUCAGACCGCAGCAAUCCCCACUCUUUGGAUGCUGCUGGUCGCCACUCUCGUUUAAUCCAACAUGUACCGAUACGGUAUCUUGGGCCUUGCAGCGGCCGCAUCAGCUGCUCUUCAACCUCGCCAGACCGUCACUGCCGGCACCGCGGUCUCGUCGACGAACGCUACAGAAGCAACACUAGUGGCAAACAGCACAGCGACGACUUUCGCACCGGAGACGCACUACACUACAUUCGUUACAACUUGCACGGUCAAUGGCACUUCUACAGUGGAAACAGUCUCCGCUCCUAUUACUUCUUCAAACAACACUAUUAAUGCGGCAGUUACAACACUACCAAUAGAGACAUCUUAUACUACAUUUGUGACGACUUGCACAGUAAAUGGCAGUGCGACGGUAGAGACAGUGUCGGCCCCCGUCACAACCUCCACAUCCACCUCGCUCAAUAGCACGAACAGCGCCGCGAAUGCUGCUGCACUCACUACUUCAGCGAUCUCGGAAACCCAGUACACAACUUUCGUAACCACCUGCACUUUCAACGGAACUAGCACAGUUGAGACAGUAUCUGCUCCGGUUACGGCCAAUACUACAACUUCCGCUAGUGCAACACCGUCUCUGUCAGUCAAUGGCACAAACGCGACGCCUGCGAACGCCACGUCUGUCAGCGCAGACCCGACCACAAUUGGCCCGAUUACGAGUGCACCGAUAGAGACCUCGUACACGACUUUCGUUACGACGUGCACUACCAAUGGCAGCACGACUGUUGAGACAGUUUCUGCUCCUAUCACAACCUCGGCCAGCGCAACGCCUGUGCUAUCUGUCAAUGGCACCAAUGCCACGCCUCUGACCAACUCUUCGGUCAAUGCCAACGCUACUACAAGUGCCCCAAUCACGACUGCACCGAUAGAAACCUCGUACACGACUUUCGUUACGACGUGCACUACCAAUGGCAGCACGACGGUGGAGACAGUCUCUGCUCCCAUCACGACCACAGCCAGCGCAACGCCUUCGCUAUCUGUGAACGGCACAAAUGCCACGCCGUUGACGAAUUCUUCGGUCAGUGCGGAUCCUGCGAACAGCGCGAACGCUACCACGAGCGCACCGAUUACCACUCCGGCCAGCGAGACCUCCUACACGACUUUCGUUACUACCUGCACCACAAAUGGUAGCGCCAUCGUGGAGACCGUCUCGGCUCCAGUUACCGCAAAUGCAACGACCACGGCAAGCGCCAUACCUGCAAUUUCGGCUAACGCCACCGCGAUACAAGGUACCGGUGUUGUUGCUGCUGCGAACAGCACAUCCACUACGGCCAGCGCGGACCCCACGAACAGCGCCAACCUUACCACUGCAGCUUUCAGCGAGACUUCCUACACGACUUUCGUCACGACGUGCACGACGAAUGGUUCUACGACCGUGGAGACCGUGUCUGCCCCAAUUACGACGACCACCUCUGCGAGCGGUGUGCCAUCUGUGUCUGCCAACGCUACCGCUGACGGCCUGGUCGGCACGGCCUCUUCGACUGUCUCUGCCAGCGCGAACAGCACCGGCGUUUUUGCCACUGCUUCCGCCUCCUCCACGCCAUCCAGCAGCGUCAAUGCUACUUCGGCUGAUCCCGCAUCAACUACGUCUGCGACCGUCAGCAAUGGAACGACCACGGCUUCGCUCGACCCGACGGCACCGGUCAAUGGCAAUGUUUCUUCAAUUGUCUCAAGCAUCACUUCCGGCGUUUCUAGCACUCCAUCCGUCAGCGCUAACCUUACAUCCGCUGACCCUGCGUCAACCACGUCCACGACUGCCACGAACGGAACAACGACUGACUUGCUCAGCACGGCUACCUCCACUGCGCCGAUCAAUGGCAACGUGAGCACUGUUGCUACGAUUGGAACUGAUUCAGGCGUCUCCAGCACACUUGCAGCCAACUUGACCACGUCUACGGCCAACCCUGCCUCGAGCACGCCAAGUGUCAGCGCGAAUGGCACAACUUCUGGCCCGCUUGAGUCGGCAACCCCUACUCCAUCAGUCAAUGGCAAUUUGAGCACCACAGCUGUCUUGGACUCAGGCGCAUCCAGCACACUCUCAGUCAGCGUUAACGCAACGACUACAGACCCGCUUACCACGCUCGCUCCGACCGCACCCGUCACUGUGGACGCCAAUGCCACGACCAUUUCCAGCACUGCCACUGGCGUGUCCAGCACGCCUUCGGUCAGUGUGAACGGCACGACGUCCGAUCUUCUCAGCAGUGUCACGUCGACCGCACCGACCAACGGCAAUGCGAGCACCAUUGCGAGCCUGGUUACGGACUCUGGUGCAUCCGCCACACCAUCUGUCAGCGCCAACUCGACAGACUCUACAACGUCCGACCUGGCUUCUGCCACACCGUCAGUCAGCGCCAACGUCACCGAGGUCGCUCCAUCAAGCACUGUCUCUGCGACACCAUCGGUCAGCGCGAAUGUCACUGAGGCCGCUCCAUCAAGCACAGUCUCUGCCACACCGUCAAUCAGCUCCAAUUCUACUGCGGCAACAACUGCAACUGCCACCCAAGCUUUUGCGAGCAACAUUCUACGCAAUCAGCUGUGA